CGUAGCUUGUGUAUACUUGGCACUUAGCCCAGCCGUGUGUUCGUUUGCCCGUUGAGUCAGCCUUCGUGCACAACUUGUAUCUCGGCAUAGCGAUUAAUGGAAUCCCAGUAGUCCGCCCUCAGGAGUGAUUCCCGCUGAGCUAAGGAUUAGCAGUUUUUCUGGAUUUGGCUUUGAGAUAAGAAGCGGAGGAACACCAAAAUACAUCACAGACAGUCAUGUUUAUACUUUGAUGUGUAAUGAUUCACGAGGAUGGCCGAGGGUCAUGCUGAGGACGCACCGCUGCUUGGGGGAUCUGACUCGGUCUCUCCUGGCGAAUGUUCCCCAGACCGUCAGCCUGGCAUCGCCAGCGCAGCAACAGUAUGGCCAACAGUCACAAGUGGACAGAGCACAGAGGUCCCUCAGCCAUGGCCUCCUGACUCUUGGGUACGUGUACGGGAGCUUCCGUCCCUGGACACCCUGCACGUACCUGCCCAGGGGGAAAGCCCUAAGCUAGUACGCUCGCAGUCCAGCAUGGACAGUGGGUGUGAAUGUGAUGGAGCAGACACUGAUGGUGGCCCCACUCAUGAGCCCCCCAUACCCCAUCACCAUCACCAGGAUUCAGGAGACACCCACGACCCUGCUGGCUUCUCACCCCUAUCUCCUUCACAACCUGGAGGGUCCGGACCACCCACGCCCGGACCCAGCAGCCAAGUAGUGGUAGUGGUAACCCCCAAUACCCAUUCUUAUUCCCACAUCCCAGACACGGAUCCGAUCCUUCGUACUGGCUGUGGUAACAACCAAAGCUAUGUCUGUGAUAUCGGCUUGGGCAUUGCAGGAUCCACACGGAUGGAGCCUGGCGUCCACACCGACCCCCAUACCAAAGUUACCUUCAUGAUCGAGGACGACGACGAGGAGGAUGACGACGACGACAAUAACUCAGAGAGAUGUGGGAUGACAGGUGUUGGGAUGAAUGCCAUCGAGACUGCAUCCCUGAGUGGCUCAGAACCUGGCGAAGACUUCAAGGAGCAGCUGAGACAGCAUGUUGCUGCCAGCUUUCCCAGAGUGCCCUCAUAUUCCAGAGCAGGAGUGUUAUCAGCAUCAUCAUCAACAGCAUCCAUGCCAAUGUGCCGCAUAUGCCAUCAUCCGCAAGGAGAAGGGUUAGAUUUGCUCAUUUCUCCAUGUAGAUGUGCAGGAACCAUGCAGUUCAUCCACCAAGGCUGCCUUAAUAAAUGGUUAGAAGUGAAACGAUCCAAAAAAGCUCCAGCUUGUGAAUUGUGCAAUUAUCAGUUUCACCGACACAAAAAAUUUCGACUAAAUCAUUGGCAGCUUCCCACCUGUUCCCGAGCUGACAAGAUCCUACAUUCUAUCUUCUUAGUGUGUCUCAUUAUCAUGGCUGCUUGUGCUACAAUCACAAUCAUCUGUUUUAAACAUGAUCGAAUUCUCCCAAAGAAGACAGACGACGCGGAACUAACGAAGUCUGAAGUCAUCACAUUAACAUGUGGCGUGCUUUUCUUUGUUGCCUUUUUUGUUGCCAUGUAUGUUGAAGUGAAAGCAAGAAAUACACUGUAUAGGCUAUUUACACGUUUCAUAUAUCUAAACCAAACGUGGCACAUAGCGGAAUAUGAUAGACGAAAAGAUUCACAGUUUGGUCAUGCUCCAGUUUAACCCAACAGUGUGUGAGUUGUUAAAUAUUUUUGAUGGACUUGUUACAUGACAUUUUAGUGUUUUGUAGGUGAACAAAAGAAACCGGUUCUUUGGUUAUUUCUAUGAUGUAUUGAUGCUUUUUUACACAUAAUCUGUAUUGUGCGUUUCAUACUAUUUGUAAUUAAAAAAUACCAUUGAUAGUUCAAAUUUUUAACAAUAUUUUCGAAAACAACGCUAACAUUUUGUUUUCGAGAUGUUCUGAGAUAUACAAUAUUUUGCUUAUACGGGAUGUAUAUCAGACAUAAAAUAAAAGAUAAAACAACUUAUUUGAUAUGCAACAGCUGAUAAAAUAAUAUUAAGUCUCUCUCCCUCUCUCUCUCUCUCUCUCUCUCUCUCUCUCUCUCUCUCUCUCUCUCUCUCUCUCUCUCUCUCUCUCUCUCUCUCUCUCUCUCUCUCUCUCUCACUCUCACAAACGCACACGCACACGCACACGCA